UGAGUCCAUGUCCCCGUAACAUAAGAAAUCGAAUAUACCGUGUCUAUAGAACUCUGCAACAUUUAAGAUCAAGACAGAAAGAACAGCACCGUACAUCGAAACUUGCAUGUCCACGCCAAUUAUUUACCACCACCCAUUUUUGAACAUCAAGCCAUCCUGAUCUUCCCUGCCCGCCGGCCACCCCCUCGGCCAGUGGCAAAUGUCCGCCUUCAUCUCACGGCGCCGCUCCCAGAUCUUCAAGUGCCGGCAUGGUCCUUGAGACGCAGGUUUCUCGGUCACCUGCAGAACGAUAUUUGGCGCCUUAUAUGGACGCAUGGCCGUGCUUGGACUUGCGGUGGGCGUGUUUGGCCGCCGCCUCCGCGCGCUUGGGGUCGAACCUGGGGUGCUCAUGCUUGUGGUGGUGGCAGUGCGCCUUGUCUUCGCAGACCUGCUGCGCCUUCUCCCAGUAGGCGGCCUUUUCCUCGUCAAGCUGGGCCUGUACGAGCAUGGCCAACUCAAUGGCCUCGUGGCAGACGCCGUCACCCUGCUCGCACAUCUCGUAGGCGAACUCAAAGGGAUCCAUCUCGUUGCAAGCACAUGGCCUUUCCAUGCCGUGGGUGCCACAGCCGAGACUGUGGCGCCCCAGAGUGUACUUGCCCUUGAAGAGCAUGGGGGAGUGGCAGUUGUCCACUGUCUUGGACGGGUGGACGGGAUUGUGCUGGAGCAGGCGCUGGUUGGCAGCGGCAAGGGCCACCGUGGCGAUGAGAUGAACGAGUGUCAGACGCAUUGUAAGGUAGCGAGUGAGGGAGUGAACAAGAUAGAUGGUGUGGUGAUGAGUGAGAAAGCCGAGCGAGGCCGAUUGGAGGGGAGACGAGGUCUUCAUAUGCGUUUGAUGUGACGUCUCCCGGCGUUGCCGUGACUUGUAC